GUAUGAGCUCAUGCCCCCUCCAGCUGACCCUCUCGGGUCCUACCUUCGGGCUAAACCUAACACACUGGGGUACUAAACCAGUGAAGAGGCCACCAUAUUGGGGUUUGCAAGGCCCGCAUGGUAACACCUCGGUCAAGGGGCGUUAUCGGCCUCCAAACAACCUAAACCAACAUACUCCACAAUAAAAUAAACCUCUAACCACAAAAUAAAAAAUGACCUUAACCACUAAUUACCCCCAAGUUAAUUGGGUUCCCACAUUUAAGGGAGAAAAAUAUGAACAAUGGGCUAUGCAAAUGAGGUCAAUAUUUAUCUCCCAAGAUUUAUGGGAAUUAGUACAAGAAGGUUACGAGCAACCACCCAAAGAUGACACUAAAGAGUCAUCUUGGGAUGAAACAAAAAUAAAACAAUAUAAACAAAAUAGGAUAAGGGAUAACUAUGCCCUAUCUCUAUUAUAUCGUGGAGUCGACGAGGCAAUACUUACAACGAUCAUGUCUGCAAAAAUAGCUACGGAGGCUUGGAGGAUCCUGGAGACAAAAUACAAAGGUUCCGAAGAGGGUGUUACAUGUACGUCGAGCAACCGCAGGGAUACGUCAUCAAAGGCCAAGAAGACAAAGUAUACCGCCUUCGAAAAGCUCUGUACGGACUCAAACAAGCACCCCGAGCGUGGAACAGCAACAUCGACAAUUAUCUUCUCCAGCAUGGUUUCAUCAAGAGUCCGAGUGAACCUUCACUAUACAUCAAGACACAAGGUAACAACUUUCUCAUUUUAUGCUUGUACGUGGAUGAUCUAAUCUAUACAGGCACACACCCAACGAUGA